UGUCUGAUGUAAACGUAUGAAGUUUGUAAACGAAUGUUUUGUGUAAAAAAAGUUAUUUAUUAAGCAAAUUUAACAUUUGAUUGUCUAAACGUGGAUACAUUAAUUAAUUAAAAUAAGUGUGAACUAGGCCUUGAAGUACUGGAAGAAAUGGAAGCGAUGAAUUUAUCAGUUGGUGUCUUUACAAUACCGCUUUCCGAUGGGUUUAUCGAAAAAGAUGGUCAAAUUGUUCCUGGACUUAAAGCUCUUAAAGACUUUGCAUCCUUAAUGACCGAAUAUGGCCAUUGCAAGUAACAUUUCAGUCAAGUGUAACAAGUUAACCUAUUUUAACCUUUUUUUAGUUUGAAAUUUCAUUUACCAGAAUCUGGUCAAAUAGGUGUCCUUACAGAGACUGGUUAUCAUGAUGGAGUUUUGGGUUUGAUGCAAGAAGAGAAAGUGGAAUUGGGUUUUUUACCAUUGGCACUGGACACUCAAAAACCACCCGGUCGAUUCACACCCGUUAUAUCAGAAGAAAGCUAUUACAUCAGUUCAAUUCGCAAUUUGGGUGAUGGUACUUCAGCUGUUGUUCCUAGUUUAGUGUCAGUCAACACAAUUCCCAUACUAUUGGCUAUUUUUAUAGUUUUAAUUUUGAAAUUGGUGGUUAUUAAACGCUUCAACAUUGAAUCCGUUGUCAAAGCUAUCUAUCAAUCCUUUGGUACUUCAUUUUAUAAGAAUCUAUCUCGUAAAUCAACAUGGUUCUGUCUGAUUUUAAUGGUUAUCCUAAUGUUUCCUGUUUUCAUUUUCAAUGCUUCAUUCAACACUCAAACUAUUGUCGGAAAUGCUGAUGUUAAAAUUGAUACAUUGAGAGAUAUCGUUUAUUACGGCAAAUCACCGAUAUUCAUUGAAGGAAUGUCAAUGUACGACUUGUUCAAAGCCAAAGUGACCAAAGAUUAUGGCGAUGUUUACGAAAAGGCUAAAGCUAAAGGUUUUGGUGUACCCUUUCAGUUAGGGCCCAUACCUGGUGUGGAAUCAAUAAAGGAUUCAGUUGCUGUUUUAAUUUCUAGUAAAGCCAAAAGGCUUGCUCCAGUUGUUGGAGCAUCAUCUGGGUAUGUUGAUCCUAACCAGGAGAUGUACUUCUCAGAAAGAGAUUUUCACAGGUCACUACAGGCCAUACUUAUGAGCCAUAAAUUAGCUGCCAGUCCAUUCGAGGUUAAAAUCAAGAAAUUCAUAUUAAAUGUCUUUGAAAGUGGAAUUGGCGGAAGAAUGGAAAAUAAAAUUUAUAUCGAUUUCAUACUGAGCGCUAACGUAUUCCCAGUGUCCAAAUUUGACUUAUUCAAAAGUGAAUUGUCUACAAAAUCAACUGAUCUCAAUUGGAAAUCAUUAAAUUGGAAUGGAUUCUAUCAAUUAUUUUACUUUUAUAUUGCUUCUCUGAUUAUCGUGAUAGCUAUUCAAUUCGGUGAAAUAAUUAUCUUCAAAUUAAUGAGUGUAUUAAAAACCCCAUAAUUUAACACUCAUACCAAUUAACUCAAUGUAUUCCUGUUCACAUUGUUUCUGUGUUAGUAUAAGGAUAAUCAAAUGCAAA